AUGUGUGCAGCGCAGGGAAAGGUAAAGCUGAGAGCAGGCUCACUUGGAGGCUGGGUCGACGGACAGGAAGGGGCCGUCAGUCGGUCCGUUGGGUCGGUCCGUGGCCGAGCUGGUCAUCGAGGCUGGAGGCGAGGUGAGGAAGAGACUCGCGCGAGGUCGUCCGGACAGACCGGCCCAGGCGUCGGGCACAGCAUCACCUUCUCUGCUUCCAUCACAACCGCCAUCUUCAAUAUCAACAACAGCAAAGACGACGAAAUCAACACCAACUCGACCAGCUCAUUGUUUAUCAUCCUCAUUACAAUCUCUACUCCACACGCCUCUGGUUCGACCCUCUCUUCCAUCACAACCGCCAGCACCAUUCUUCGAACAAUGCUGAACUUGUGUACAUUGAAGCGACGCCAACAUAAUGAAUGGAUGCCCACCAGAGCGGAAGUUCUCGCUUAA